AUGGAUGUUGUGAAAUUGGAAGUAGCAGAAUGGGUGUUCCUCGGAAUAUUCACGAUCGAAGCUCUCUUGAAAAUCGUAGCCGAGGGAUUCAUGUUCGUACGUCAUGCAUACCUCAGGAGCAUAUGGAACAUCCUGGAUUUUAUUGUCAUUGUACUUGGGUAUCUGGACUUGAUUGGCCAGCUUACUGAUUUCUCGUUGUUGGAUGUUAAAGCGUUGAGAGCUUUUCGAGUUGUUCGGCCUCUAAAGUUUCUUUCUGGUUUUCCCAGCUUGCAGGUUGUGCUGAAUUCUGUGAUUCGAGCCAUGUUUCCGUUGUUCAAUGUUUUCAUGCUCGUGCUGUUUGUUAUUAUUCUCUAUGCGGUUAUUGGGUUGGAGUUUUUAUCAGGGAAACUGCGUUAUGCGUGUUUCGACAACACGACAGGUGAACUAAUUGACUCGCAUUCUUGCUCACCAUCUGGAGACGGCUUCACUUGUAACAAAGAACAAAACCAAGUUUGUCUCCAGAAAUGGGGAGGACCCAAUCAUGGCAUCACUGGCUUUGACAACAUUGGAGUCUCAAUGCUCACCGUUUUUCAGUGCAUUACAAUGGAAGGAUGGACACAAGUGAUGUAUAUGGUUCAAGACUCAGCUGGAUCUAAAUGGCCGUGGGUUUACUUUACAACUCUCGUUGUUGUUGGAUCAUUUUUUGUGGUCAAUCUUGUGUUGGGAGUUCUUAGUGGGUAA